CUUCACCUCGCCUGCCAUCCACCCCGGAAACAAUGGCAUCCCACCGCGCCGAUGCCAGUUCCCUUCUCGACAACCGCGGCUACACCGGUCCAUUAGUGCGCGGUGUCAAUCCAGCCACUCUAUUCGAAAAAGCCGUGCGCGACCGUAUCACGGACUCCUACUACUGGAAAGAACAAUGUUUCGGAUUGAACGCAGCGACGCUUUGCGAUCGCGCGGUUGAGCUGACAUCCAUCGGAGGAACGUACGGCGUUUCCGAGAAGCCUACACCAUUUCUCUGUCUCGCAUUCAAGAUGCUGCAACUAAACCCGGACCGGGAUAUCGUACUGGAGUACCUAAAUUUCACCGACCCGGUCAACGACGAGGAAGGCGAGCAGACAGCAACGGAGCAAGCUGAGAAUGGCGUGGUCAAACAACAGGGUGAUUUUAAGUACCUGCGGGCUUUGGCGGCGUUUUACGUUCGCUUGACCUUCGACGCGGUGGAUGUGUAUAAAACGCUAGAACCGCUUCUUCUUGACUAUCGGAAAUUGAAGCGGCGCGUGCGCGAUUCAGUCGUUCUUACGUAUGUGGAUCAAUUUGUCGAUGAUCUUCUCACUAAGGAUCGUGUAUGUGGUACGAGUUUGUGGAAGUUGCCUUCGCGACAGCAAUUGGAGGAUUUGGAUCUUCUGGAGGAACGAGUCAGCCCGCUGGCUGCUGAGUUGGAAGAGAUGGACAACGAAGAAGAGGAGAGUGAGGAGGGUCAGGCUAGUGAUGAUCGGUCAGCUGAUGAUGCCGGUGAUGAUUGAGAUGGCCACCGGCUAGCUGCGAACGUCUUUUGGCUCUGCCAAAUAAUAUAUUGGUGUUGAGCUUCUUAUUGCCGGCUCGGUCUCAGAGGCUACGGCUCCUCGUGCAAACUCAUGACGGUUUCCGAUGAGCAGUCGUUUUCAUUGAGCCACCCACAUCCCUUCAACAGGUGUGGUUCUCAUUUGACCCCGCUACCUUACGUGCCCUGAUAGGGCAGCGAUCGAAUAUACCUCGAGCACCGUGA